AUGAAGCACAUCGCCUCAGUUGUGGCCGCCUACUGGAUUGUGUCCAUUAGCAUGGUGUACCUGAACAAGGUCUUGAUGACAAACUCGGAAUUCUCCAUUCCCGCCCCGCUCUUCAUGACCUGGUUUCAAUGCUUCUUCACCACGUGCCUGUGCUACGUCUGCGGCGAGUUGGGGGAGGUGCAACGUCGGAAAGGAAAAGCCACUGGGUACUUCAUGCAGUUCCCCGCCAUGCGGUACACGGGGACGGUGGCUCGGAAGGUAGGGGUACUCUCCCUGGUGUUUGUGGGCAUGAUGACCUUCAACAACCUCUGCCUCAAGUACGUCGAGGUCUCCUUCUACAACGUUGCCCGCUCCCUCACCAUCGUCUUCAACGUCCUCCUCUCCCUGGCCAUCCUCCGGACCUUCGUCUCCCUCCCCACGGUCGCCUGCCUCUUCCUGGUCUUCGUGGGGUUCUGGGUGGGCGCCGACGGGGAAGUGAACUUCUCGCUCCUUGGGACCUUGUCGGGUGUCACCUCCUCCCUCUUCGUCUCCCUCAACAGCAUCUACACGAAGAAGGUCCUCCCCGCCGUGAACGACAACCAAUGGGUCCUCACCUUCGUCAACAACUUCAACGCCUGCAUUCUCUUUUUGCCCCUCAUCUUUUUCCUCGAGCUCCCGAUCCUCCUUCAACACUGGACCACCCUCUUCUCGCCCCUUUUCUGGACCGGCAUGUGCCUGUCCGGCCUUUUGGGCUUCGCGAUCGGCACGGUGACGGUCAUGCAAAUCAAGGCGACUUCCCCGCUCACCCACAACAUCAGCGGUACCGCCAAAGCCGCCGUUCAAUCCCUUUUGGCCUUCUAUUUGUGGGGCAAUCCCGCCACAACCAAGAGCCUGUUGGGCAUCGCCUUGGUCUUGGGCGGCUCCUCUGCUUACACCUUCGUGGCCAUGCGAGAGGCGGAGAAGAAACGCCGGACGUCGGGCCUGGGGGGGGGAGGGGGUGGCAGCAAGAGCAAUGGGAGCACGGAGGUCGGGGCAUUGCUGCCUGUAAAGAGUCCCGGCGCGACGGGAAGUGGGGCGGGCGUCAAGUUGACAGGGGCCUAG